AUGCUGAGCUCAGGUCUCCCCCCCGUGCUCCUGUUGCUCACAGUGCUGCAGCUCAGCUGGUCCCUGAGCGAUGAGGAGAAGAAGAUCAUCUUGGAUGAGCACAACAAGUACCGCUCCCAGGUGUCUCCUCCUGCUGUGGACAUGCUGAAGAUGAGCUGGGAUGCAGAGCUGGAGGCCUUUGCUCAGGCCUAUGCAGAGAAAUGCAUCUGGGACCACAACAAGGAGAGAGGCCGGCGAGGGGAAAACCUCUUUGCUAUGGCCCCAACCCUGGACCUGGAGUUUGCUGUGGAAGACUGGAGUGGGGAGGAGAAAUACUACAACCUGACAACUUCCACGUGUGUCCCUGGGCAGAUGUGUGGCCACUACACCCAGGUGGUGUGGGCCAGCACCAGGCACGUCGGCUGCGGGGCCAAGUUCUGUGAGAAGAUCGACGGGAUCGAGACCGAGGACAUGUACCUGCUGGUCUGCAACUACUACCCGCCGGGCAACAUGAGGGGUCGGAAGCCGUACGGGGAAGGUCCGUCGUGCUCGCAGUGUCCCCAGGGCACGCUCUGUGUCGGCUCCUUGUGUGAACCCACUGUAGAAGAGACCACUGCAGCCCCUGUGACAACCAAGGGAAGCCCCUCCACCCUAACCACAGCCAGGCCAAAACCCUCAGCCAAGCCAGAACCCACACCAGAGCCCACCUCAGCCAAGCCAGAACCCACACCAGAGCUCACCUCAGCCAAGCCAGAACCCACAGCCACACUUACAACCACAACCACAGCCAAACCACCACCCAAAACCACGCUCCCAAGCACAGCCAAGCCACCAACUACAACCACACUCAAGCCAAAACCCACAACCAUGCUCCCAACCACAGCCAAACCAGCCACAACCACACUCCCAAGCACAGCCAAACCAGCCACAACCACACUCCCAACCACAGCCAAACCAGCCACAACCACACUCCCAAGCACAGCCAAACCAGCCACAACCACACUCCCAACCACAGCCAAACCAGCCACAACCACACUCCCAACCACAGCCAAACCAGCCACAACCACACUCCCAACCACAGCCAAACCAGCCACAACCACACUCCCAACCACAGCCAAACCAGCCACAACCACACUCCCAAGCACAGCCAAACCAUCCACAGCCACACUCCCAAGCACAGCCAAACCAGCCACAACCACACUCCCAACCACAGCCAAACCAGCCAUAACCACACUCCCAAGCACAGCCAAACCAUCCACAGCCACACUCCCAACCACAGCCAAACCACCCACAACCACACUCCCAACCACAGCCAAGCCAAAACUUGCCACCACACUCCCAAUGACAACCCCAGCCAAGCUAAAACCCACAACACCAGCAGCCACCACAGCUGUGCCCAAGCCCAAACCCACCAUGCCAGCACCAACCACCACUACUGCAAAGCCAAAGCCCAGCACACCAACAUCUACCACACCAAAACACACCCCAUCAACCACUAAAGCAGCACCCACCACACCAAAAUCCACCACAACUACCACUACCACCACACCAACAGCCACAGCAAAACCCAGCAGCACAACAGCCAAGCCAGUACCCACCACACCAAAACCCACCACAGCCACCAGUACAGCCAAACCAGGACCCACUACAGCCAAACCAGCACCCACCACACCCAAACCCACCACAGCCACCACUACAGCCAAACCAACACCCACCACAGCCAAGCCAGCACCCACCACACCAAAACCCACCACAACCACCACUACAGCCAAACCAACACCCUCUACAGCCAAACCAACACCCUCUACAGCCAAACCAACACCCACAACAGCCAAACCAACACCCCUCACAACCACAACAGCCAAGCCAGCACCCACCCCACCAAAACCCACCCCAACUCUGGCUAAGCCAAAACCUGGCACAGCUACAGCCAAGCCAACACCCAGCACACCAACAACCACCACCAGUGCAGCCAAGCCCACAGCAGCAGUAAAGCCAGACCCUGCCACCACAGCCCAGGCAGAGCUGGGAGCUGCCACAGGCGCAGAGGCAGAGCCCCCUGGGGUGGAAAGCCCCGGGCCCACCGAGGCAGCUGGGCUGGCUCUUUCCUUUAAGCCCACACCAGACCUGGAUUAUGAAGGAUCUCCAGAGGCAGAGGCAGGCACUGGAGAGCCUGGCAGCCCCCUAACCACAGAGGAUCCAGCCGAGAGCUCCAGCCCCAGCUCAGCUCCAGGAACAAGGGAAGGUGUGAAAGAGGAUGGGAAGGACGGAUCAGCCUUUUCCAGUCCAUCUCUAUCCCCCAGCCAGCCUGUUCCAGAGAUCAGGUUGGGUUUCAAUAAAGCUGAGCUCAUGACCCCCUCCAAGGGGGUGGGUUCCAGCCCUGAGGAGCCGACCUUCCUGCGUUUGACCUCAUCCUCCAGAGAGCCGAAGGGGCAGAGCCCGUCGUUCCAGAGCUCCCUCUCAGCAGGUGCCCUGGAUGCUGAAGAGGUGGAGACAAACUCAGCCCAAAGGAGCGUGGAGCAGCCCCCGGCAGCCGCCGGCACCCGCCCGGGGCUUUCGCUCCUCCUCCUACCCGCGGCCACCUUGGUGGGGCUUCUGCUCUGAGUGGCCUCUCCAGGCUGUCCCUGCACCAGUCACUGAGGCUUUCUUCAGCCCUGGGGGUUCCACAGGGAGACACCACGGACAGUUCAGGCCGACUCGCUCUCUUCUGCCUUCCCUGCCCCAGCCCCGAGGAGCCCAGGGCAGCUGGCGGCCCCACGGGGGCUUUUCCCCUUCCUCAGGAGCCCAGGGCAGGGGGGUGUUUGCCACAAUGCUCAUGGCCCUGGGUGCUGCUCCUCUCCCCGAGGCAGCCUGGGCCCCAGGCUGUGGCUGGCAGCUGCUGCUGCACCAUGGCCCUGGGACAGCACAGGGCUUGGCACCCCCUGCACGUGAGACACGGGCAUUGGCUCUGGUGUCUGUGGAUGGGACCUGCUGGUUGAGUUUCCCUCAAAACUGCUCCUUCCCUCUCCUGAUGGGCCUGUCUCUGGCAGUUCUGGGGAACUUUCUUCUCGUCCUUGUCCAGAAAGGGCACAUUGUGGUGUGUUUCCAGAGCAGAGCCUCUCUCUGUACUGGUUCUGGUAGAGCCAUGGCCAGCAUUGCCCAGCUGUUCCCCUUCCUGCUCCUCAGAGCUCUGCAGCCUGUGGCUGCUCCUCUCUGCCACGUGUGCCCGUUCCCCAGCCCUGGCCGUGCCCGGCCGGACGCCUGUGCCUGUGCCUGGGCCCCUGCACACAAGAGCAACCUCCCUCCUUCCUCCAGCUGCCUGCUGCAUGGCUGCCUGCUGCAUGGCUGCCUGCUGCAUCCCUGCACUGUGCUGCAGCGUGCAGACACAUCCCAGCUGACACUUCUUGUGCCUGGGGUGGAGCCUGGUCCAGGAGAGACAAGUCAUCAGAUGUGCUGGUAGAGUUUUGAGCCUGAGAGAGCCAAGUGCAUGGUGUUAGAGGCUUCUGGUGGUCCCAGGACUUGCUGCAGGAUGGCUGUCAUUGCCUGGGACACUGCUUUGUUCCCACAUGGCUCUGCUCCCUUCAUCUGAGAAUCCCCAGUAAACUGUUAAGUACGUGACAAGCUUUGCAGCGUGGUGGGAGGGGACUAGAGGAUACAGUCCCUUCUCUAGUGGUUUCAUCCUUUGGUUUCUGAAACAGAGGAGGUGGAGACUGACCUGCAGGACACUGCUGGUGCCCUCCCCUCGCUGCUGUGCCCUGUGCAUCCCCAGAGCAUGCACUGAAUAA